GAAUGAUAGUCCCGUCUCCGCCUGAGAUGAAGCAACUUUGGAAGAUGCUCUUUCCGCUCCUUAUUCUCCUUUACCUAUCAGGAGCUGUCAAGUCUCAAGUAAAUCCAGGUUGGUGGUUAGAAAGGAAAGAACACCAUGCUAAAGGAGUGGUGAAAUGUAACGGGAUAGAGUCCAUCACUCAAACCUCAUUGAACUGCGUGUGAGCUCUGUGUGAGGAUGUGACCUUGCUUUGAGUUUAUUAUUGAAUGUAGCAGGAGCGCAAGCAUGAUUGUUUACAAUGGAUUCAACAAUCAGACUGGAGUCUGUGGCUUGAACAUACCAGACAUUUUGACAACAGGAAAGUAUAUUGAAACAGCUUCUAUUUCUUACUCCUUUUUUCUUUUUCUUUUUUUUUUUGCUCCAAGGCUCUGUGUGUUUUUCAGAUAUUUGUUUCUGCAGCUCAUAAUUCACGGCAGCAGUCUUUCUCACAUUUACAGUUUGAUCGUUUCGAUAUUCAGCUAGUUGACCUUAGUGUUAGAGACAGAGGUUAAUGACAGUGUUUCCGAUCAAUUGUAUAAAUUGUUGCUUUCCACGAAGGUGGUGAAUUUCCGUUCUUUCCAGGAGAGAGAUGCUGUAACCUCUUUAAAUAUCAGUUUUGCUCUGUUAUAUUUCCGCUGGAAAUAAAGCUGCAUUUUUUUCCUACUUCUGGAAAAGUGUGUUGCUGAACUCAGUAGCUAUGAGAUCUCCUCUGCCAACUUUCCUCUGUUUAAAAUUCCCGAAGACUGUAGUUAUACCAUCCUACUCUCUGCUUUUUUCCACUUUGAGUUAUAGACUUACUUUUUUCUACUGUAAAAAAAAAAAGAAAAAAGAAAAAAUAAGAAAGAAAAGAAAAAAUGUAAGUGCCUCUUCUUUUUUAAGUGUCUGCAUGUUAGUAUACAUGUGUGUGUGCAAGGUUUUGGACCCUGCAGUUAGACGGCAAACAUGGAGGAACAAAUGUGCCAUUCACAACGAUUAAAGAUGGAAAAAACUGGCUGGCAGGAGGGGGAAAUAAGCGCCACUCGGACCAAUGAAUUACUGCACAAGACCAGAGUGGCCCAUAAGAGAAAGAGAGAGAGGAAAGACCAAAAGCCACAGUUUCUUCACACAACAUGAGUAUUUUUCCACCUUUCUGAAGUGUGUGUCGGUCCCCGUUAGGAAUGUCCAGAGGUCAGAUCUUAGAUGAAGACAUCUCAGCUUCCAGUCAGUGGUCUGACUCGACAGCAGCAAAGUAUGGCAGGCUGGACUGUGAGGAAGGAGAUGGUGCGUGGUGCCCUGAGAUAGCUGGAGAACCUGAGAAUAUGAACGAGUUCCUGCAGAUUGACCUCCGUUCUCUGCACUUCAUCACUCUGGUGGGCACUCAGGGACGUCACGCAGGGGGCAUUGGUAAUGAGUUUGCCCAGACCUACAAGAUCAAAUAUAGCCGCGAUGGCAGCCGUUGGAUCUCCUGGCGCAACAGGCAGGGCAAAGAGGUGAUUGAGGGGAACAGAAAUGCAUAUGACAUUGUGCUGAAGGACUUGGAGCCACCCAUCAUUGCACGUUUUGUCCGCUUCAUGCCCGUCAUCGAUCACUCAAUGAACGUUUGCAUGCGCGUGGAACUGUAUGGCUGUGAGUGGCUGGAUGGCUUGGUGUCAUAUAAUUCUCCACUUGGCCAGCAGAUGACUCUCAAUGGACAGUAUAUUUAUCUCAAUGACUCUGUGUAUGAUGGCGCCAUGAGUUACAGUAUGACAGAAGGACUUGGGCAGCUAACGGAUGGCAUGUGUGGUCUCGAUGACUUCAAACACAGUCACGUGUACAACGUAUGGCCUGGUUAUGACUAUGUCGGCUGGACCAACGAGAGCUUUCCCAAUGGUUAUGUUGAGAUCAUGUUUGAGUUUGACCGUACCCGCAACUUCACCACCAUGAAGGUGCACUGCAACAACAUGUUCUCCCAAAGGGUAAAGACCUUUCAGAAGGUGGUGUGUUAUUUCCGCUCAGAGUCGGACUGGGAGGCCACACCUAUAUCGUUCAGCCCUGUGAUGGACGAUGUCAACCCCAGUGCCCGCUUCGUCACCGUCUCACUCUACAAUCACAUGGCCAGUGCUAUUAAAUGCCAGUACUACUUUUCUGACAUCUGGAUGAUGUUCAGUGAAAUCACCUUCCAGUCAGAUACAGCCAUGUACAACACAACUCUGGCUCCCCCCAAGCCCGGUCCUCCCACCAGCAAUCAGCCAGAGGAUGACCCCACCCACAAAGUAGAUGACAGCAACACUCGGAUCUUGAUUGGCUGCUUGGUCGCCAUCAUCUUCAUCUUAGUGGCCAUUAUUGUUAUUAUAUUAUGGAGACAAGUGUGGCAAAAGAUGCUUGAGAAGGUGUCUCGGAGGAUGCUGGACGAUGAACUAACUGCUAGUCUGUCAAUACAGAGUGAGACCUUCACCUAUAACAACAACAACAGCCCCUCCUCAGUGCCCAGUGAGCAGGAGUCCAACUCCACCUAUGAGCGCAUCUUCCCUCUGGGACCCGACUACCAAGAGCCCUCUCGUCUGGUCCGCAAACUGCCGGAGUUUUCCCAAACAUCCGAGGAUACUGCAUCAACAAGUACAGCUUCCAAGUCUCCUCCAGUCAGUGUGCAAGAGGGUGUCCCACAUUAUGCUGAGGCAGACAUAGUCAACCUCCAGGGUGUGACUGGGGGCAACACCUACGCCGUGCCUGCCCUCACCAUGGACCUGCUGUCAGGGAAGGAUGUGGCUGUGGAGGAAUUUCCUCGGAAACUACUUACCUUUAAAGAGAAGCUGGGAGAAGGGCAGUUUGGAGAGGUGCAUUUGUGUGAAGCAGAAGGCAUGCAAGAUUUCAUGGAUGAGGACUUCUCCUUCGAUGUCAUUGAAAACCAAACAGUGCUUGUGGCUGUUAAGAUGCUUCGAGCGGAUGCAAAUAAAAAUGCUAGGAAUGAUUUUUUGAAGGAGAUAAAGAUCAUGUCACGAUUGAAAGACCCCAACAUCAUCAGGCUGCUGGCGGUGUGUAUGAGCUCUGACCCUCUGUGUAUGAUCACCGAAUAUAUGGAGAACGGAGACCUUAAUCAGUUCCUGUCUCGCCAUGAGCCCGAGGGCAUGAUCGCUCUCCUCAGCAACGCUCCAACAGUCAGCUACAGUAAUAUACACCACAUGGCCACACAGAUCGCUUCAGGCAUGAAGUAUCUAUCUUCUCUCAACUUUGUGCAUCGGGACUUGGCCACCCGCAACUGCCUAGUAGGGAAGAACUACACCAUCAAGAUUGCAGACUUCGGAAUGAGUAGGAACCUAUAUAGUGGAGACUACUACCGUAUCCAGGGCAGAGCGGUGCUGCCCAUCCGCUGGAUGUCCUGGGAGAGCAUUCUUCUGGGGAAAUUCACCACAUCCAGUGAUGUGUGGGCUUUUGGCGUUACCCUUUGGGAGAUGCUAACCUUCUGCAAAGAGCAGCCCUACUCACAGCUUUCAGACGAGCAGGUCAUUGAAAACACAGGGGAGUUCUUUCGGGAUCAGAGGAGACAGAUAUACCUGCCCCAGCCGCCAAUGUGUCCUGACCCCGUCUACAAGCUCAUGUUGAGCUGCUGGCACAGGAACACCAAAGAGCGUCCAUCUUUCCAGGAGAUUCAUCACACACUACUGGAGUGCAAGCCAUAGUGUACACUUAUGUGCCAACCUUGGCACUCCUAGAGACAUUUCAGUUCGCCCACAGGACUCCAGUCAUCUACACACCGCAACACGCACUUAUACAUUCCCAUAUAUAGGAAGUGAGAUCAGAAUCUAUUAUUUUUUCUGUAGCAAUUUUCACUGUGAGUGUGCAAAGUCAAACUGACAUAUAUAUAUAUUGUACGAUUGAACUAUACGCCCCCUAAGUGCCUUCGGUUGGCAUACAAUACCUGGGCAGCACUAGGCCAAAGUAAAUGUAGCAAUAAAUUUAGGCACCUUUAACACAGCAGAAUUGGAUUUUAAGACACUGUGUAUUUUCUCCAAAUAACUUUAUUCUAACUGAAAUAUCUAUUUCUGAAUAGAAAAGGGCAAUGCAUUAAGACAAGGUAUUGGCUACUAAUGGGCCUUUUAUUAUUUCCAAUUUAUUGUUGUUUUCAGUGUUUUGAGGCCGAAGACAGCUUGAAUGUAAAUAAGAAUCAUUAAUUGACAUUCAGAUUCACCUUUGGUUUUAUCUUGAUGUCGCUUGACGUUUGUGUACAUGUUCAUCUCAUUUAUUGAAAAUGCUAAAGUAUUUUGUUAUUUUACAUAUUUUAUUAUUUUCUCUGUAGUAAACUGCAAAGACCACUUUAAACCAAGUGGAGUAACAGAAAGUUUAUCUGGUUGUCACAGAAUUUAAAAUUCAAAAUCAGAAAAAUUCAAUUAAAAUUGUAAAUGUAAAAUAUUAUAGUUAUCCUGCAACUACCUAUAUAUGUGUUUAUAUUUAAGUGUACCGCUUUACAUACGUGUUUUGCUUGUUAUGGUGUUAAUGGUGAUUAUUUAAGUCCAUUUCAUUAUUUUUCUUUGCUCAUCAACUUUUGUAUCAACAAACAGAAAUUUCAGCAUAAUGAGCUAUAAAUAGCCAUAAUCCUUUUACAGAAAUCUGUUAAAGUAUUUGCAUGAAGAUGGAUGAAAUACGAAAUAUAGUAAAAUUACUUACUACAUUUUUUCAUUACAUUUGUCCUAUGUGUUCAUCUAUUCUCAAAGUAGGCCGAAUGGGGCAGUAAGUACAUUUAUUAUCACCAGUUUUGUUUAUCUGUAGAAAAGAUGAAAAUUAGCUUAUUUUGAAGCUGUUUGUCUUUCUUUUACGUUCGAGUAUAUUCUAGGUGGUGCUGAAUUGCUAAACUGUUGGAUAAAUACUGGAUUUGUAUUGAACAGAUGCACUAUGAUGGUUUACAGUAAGUUGUGAUGUGUUUUCGCAUGUGAAAAGUGCUGCAAAUGGGACACUCAGAAAUCUGUUUUGUAAUUAACUUGUAUACUUGUAAAUCAUUUUUGUAUGGUCAUUGCAUAUGACAAUAAUAUUGAAAAUGUGUGCACCUUUUGGGGUCAGUUGAGAUAUCUGCCAUUUUAUAAGAAGUGUUUUGGUUGUGGAUUUAAAAAUCUCUUAACUAUAUGUAUAGAAUAAUUUUAACAUUCUUGACAUGACUGAUGAAGUUGCAUUAUAGAUAUGCUUUAAUUCUGCACUGUUUAAAUGUUUUACUAGCUGGUUUUCUCAACAAGUCUUUAAAAAUUUCUUCCUUCAUACUAUAAACAGAACAGUAUAGUCCUUUUUCAGACUUUGAGUUUGUUUACAAAAACCUGGAAAUAUUCAACAUUCCACUUUAUAAAACACGUCUUUGUGAGAAAAGGAAAAAAAAAACCUUUUUAUAUAUUCUCUACAUUGACCAUAUCUUUAUCAGAAUGAAGGCGAAAACUGGAUUUUUGUUUUAUCCAUAUGAAAAAUAUUCUGCAUUUUCUUUCUUUAAUCCUUUAAUCAUUUGGUGCUCUAUUUGUAUUGCUAUGCUUUGUGCUGUAUUCUUUUAAUAGCUGUCUUUUUUCACUAAUAACCUAUUGUACAUGUAGGCCUAAGUGUUAGAAAAUUGUACAUAAGAUAUAAUAAAUUGAUGAAUCUCUAAAAA